AUGUCUGGAUAUGGACCUGACACUGGGAUUGACCAUGGGCCUGUUCUCUGCUUUGAGUCGUUCAACAACUCAUGUGUUAAAUUUGUCUACCCGUCUGAGAUUCAGAUUUUGUUCUAUUUUUUCUUCAGUGCCAUAGCGCUUACCACAGUAUGUGGAAACCUGCUGGUCAUCAUUGCCAUCAUUCAUUUCAAGCAGCUGCACACGCCAACGAACUACCUCAUCCUGUCGCUGGCCGUGGCCGACCUGCUAAUCGGAGGCUUUGUGAUGCCUCCCAGCAUGCUGCGCUCUGUUGAGACUUGCUGGUACUUGGGAGACAUGUUCUGUAAAAUACACAGUAGCGUUGAUAUUAUGUUAUGCAUCACAUCUCUCUUGCACAUCUCUUUCAUCUCUAUCGAUCGCUAUUAUGCUGUAUGUCACCCGCUUCAGUACCGGAAUAAAAUCACACCGCCCAUUUCCCUCAUUAUGAUUUCCCUAUGCUGGUGUCUGGCAGCCUUUGUUGGAUUUGCUAUGGUAUUUCUAGAACUCAACAUUUUGGGUGCAGAGGAGUUUUAUUUUGAUAAUAUAGCUUGUAAGGGAGCAUGUAUUAUCUUUCAAACCAGCGCAGCCAGCACCAUUUCCUCAUUUCUUGCUUUUGGCCUUCCUGCAAUAAUUGCUGUCAGCAUAUAUCUAAAAAUUCUCCUUGUUGCACGAAGACAAUCAAAAUCUAUACAGCAUUCAGCACACGUGGGCAAGAAAACCAGCAUAUCUAUAAAUAAAACUGAGGGGAAGGCAAUAAAAACACUGGCAAUCAUCAUGGGGGUAUUUUUUGUGAGCAUCGCACCAUUUUUCUUCUGUAAUCUAGUGGAUCCGUAUCUUGAUCACACAAUACCACCGGCUGUAUUUGAUGUUUUGUUGUGGAUUGGAUAUUUGAAUUCUCUAUGUAACCCUUUUGUGUAUGCAUUCUUUUAUAGAUGGUUUAGAAAAUCUCUAAGAAUUAUUCUUUUGGCCAAAAUAUUUCAAGUUAAUUCUUCUCAACUUGACUUGAUGGAAAGACUUGAUUAG